UCGGGAACAGAGUUCAGAAGAAAGUGGGACCGAGAUGAGUACGAAUCGCUUGCUCAGCAACGUUUACGUGUUGAACGGGAUGUUGCGCAAGCUCAGAAUCAGAAGGCUGUUCCCGUGAAACGAGAGUUCUUGAAGCAGAGAGACUACAAAGUAGACAUCGAUUCAAAACUUGGAAAGAGCCAGGUUAUAACAAAAACUACUCCUGCAUCGCAGUCUGGAGGAUACUACUGCAAUGUUUGUGAUUGCGUCGUCAAGGACUCUAUAAACUUUCUUGAUCAUAUCAAUGGAAAGAAGCGUGAGUAUUGCUUGCAGAUCUCUUACUGCUCUAAAGUUUACUCUGAACAUUACUUCAUAGACAUAAAUUGUAUGUAA